AUGUGCCGGGCACGGUCGGCAGCUGUGGACUGUGGAGGAGGGGCGGGAGAGGCCAGCGCCAACGCCGUGUCCAGAUCUCAGACGAGGCCGGGCUUCGAGCCAGCCACCUCUUCUACUGCUCACAAAUUCAACAGAGCACUUCCCUCCUGGGCCUCCCGGUUCCCUCUCUUCCAAGGAGCCCCCUCUCGGAGCCUCCUUGGGCUCCUCCGGACUCCCUGCCUGCUCUACAUUCAUGGACAGUUUGGCCUGAUCGUCUGGCUUUCCCCUGGGCUGGUUUCCAGGGCUAG